CCCUCUCUCUCUUUUUCCUUCUUUUUCUCUUCAUAGUUUCAACCUAUAAAUCUGCUUCUUUUCUGUUUCAAAGCCCCUUUACUAGUUUCUUGUUCUUGUUUUAAUCUCCUUAAAAAAAAAUUUAUUUUCAAGAUUUUCUUGGAACAUAAAUAGAAGUUUGAAAUUUGUGCCUCAGAAUUAUCUGGGGCUUUUUAGCAAAUCUUGAUGCUAAAGUUACUAUUUCUAAUCUUUGAAAUUCAUGUCUACAAUUCUCACUGAACUCUUCCUUUCUGGUUUUAUGAUAAAUUCCACAUAUAGGCGCAGGACUCAUUUAGUGCAAUCUUUCUCAGUUGUUUUCCUCUAUUGGUUUUACUGCAUUUCAUAGUUAAUUUCCCAUAAAUAAGUAUU